AUGAGCUUGUUUAUUUUAGAUGAUAUGAUUCUAGAUGAAUCAGGUGAAUCGAAUGAAAGUAAACGUGUGAAAAUUACUACGGCUUGUGAUACAUGCCGCAGGCGAAAAGUUAAAUGCGACGGAGCUUCACCCUGUGCAAAUUGUCAAAGAGGAGGAUACCAAUGUACGUUCUCUGACGCAUCCAACAAACGUCCAAGAGGUCCACCAAAAGGUUUUGUUGCAUUGAUAGAGGAUAGAUUACACACGAUUGAAUCACUUUUAGUAAAUCUUGUCAAUAAAGAUACAUCUGAUAAUCAUAAUAGAGGGAUAAAAAAAGAACAUGAUCAACAACCAUCGACUAUGACUCCCACUUCUUCUUCUUCAUUUGAAGACAUUUCUUCCCCGAUGAUCGGUCAACGACAAAAAUUCUCUACUUUUAAAAUACGUCAUUAUUCUCCAUCUACUACGACAAAAGCAUCAGAUCAAUCUUUAACUUUAAAUGAAGAUUAUUUAGAUAGUGAUGAUGAUGGACUAUUACAUCAACUUUCUCCGCUACUUCUUAAUGCUAUUUAUGCUAUUGGUGCCACGUUUCCUCUUCCACACAUUGAUCCAUACAAUAAACUAAUAUUUUAUGAUCAGGCAAAAAAUUUAUUGGAUCAUUUUUUAGAUGUGCCAAGAUUGUCAACAAUCCAAUCAUUGAUACUUUUAUUCAUGAUAGAUCAAGGAAAUUCAUCAACAUCUUAUAGGUUUCAAACAUAUUCAUCAUUAGCUGUUAGGAUGGCUCAAACUAUCGGAUUAAACAGGAAAAAUAGUCCAAUUUAUCAACUGGGAAAAAAUUGUCAAUCAAUAAAAUUGAUUUGCAAUCAAUCUACAAAAAGAUCAAAACUUUAUUUGAAAUCUUUAAAUGUUUGUGCUAGCGCUGCUAAUGCCAUAACUCAUAUUGCUGUUGAAUCACUGAAUAAUGUUUAUACAUGCAUAACAUUUCCAACAAUGUUUUAUUGUCUAAUUAAAGCUUCAAAAAUUCAUUUGAAUAAUAUUAGCUCUGAGAAACAUGGAUUGGCUUUAUCAGCUUAUCAUAACAUUACAAAAACAUUGAAUAUCUGUCACUUUUAUGAACAAAAUCACAUCAUGACUGAAUUAGCAACUCAGACCAUUAAAAUUUUAGAAAAUGCUUUAUUAAUGUGUCAAGAUAGAUUUACCGCCAACACCAACACUAUUCAUCAAUAG